CCUUUUUUAGAAACCGAAAUUUUCGUGCUCUCAAGGUUUCUGGCACUCGCAACCUGUGUUCCCUCAGACGUUCAAAAGGUUUGGCGUUCGGUAAUAGACGUGUGAGUACCUAACAAACUUUGGGAGUCGACUCAGGGGCAAGGGGUCAGACAAGCGAGGAACAGAGGGAGAACGAUAGCUGAAUAAGAUAUGGGAUCUCCUCGGAGAAGUCGAUCCUCGAAUUUACCCCUCAAGUAUUUGGCGGAAAACGAGGAAGAAUCCAGCACAAUGAGUGCUGGUAAAGGUGCCACGAGUCCAAAAGUGAAGGGUCUGAUAAAGAGGUAUAGUGGCGCUCCCAUCCCCCAGGAAGCAAUAGCAUCUCCUUCAGUUUAUUCCUCUUCGACAACAGCUGGAUCGCCAGCUCCCAAAACAGCCCUUCACGACCAACUGCAUGUGUCCGUACAGGAUGAAGACUUUGACACUCGUAUCACGACUCCUACCCGUCUUUUCAGAAAGCCUUCUCUACUCUCCCGAUUAUCUUCUACGAUCAGUGAUAAUGGAACGACCCCCUCCAGGCAGAAACAACGGAAAGAGUUGAAGAAGUUGAAGAAACAGCAGCGACGUAGAGACGAACGGAGGAGGAAGAGUGAUUCGCAAUACUACGCUACAACCGGCAGUGUUUCCAACGAGAAGCCCACGAAGGCAUUGAAUGGGAAUCAGGUGGUUUGUUCUCCGACCGCUUCGGUCCAAACUUCAAACAGUACUAGCCGAAAGUCGAGAUCCAGCAUCUUGUUUCUGAAACGGGUUCUUUCGUCUCCCMCGAUACUCCGGCAGCGAUUGCGUAGCUCGAGUCAUCUCUACGGCAACAAGUUCAAGGAACGCGAUACAUCCGAUGGUAGUUGUUGCCAAGACAACAGCAACAAUGAUAAUAUAAGCAGCAGUUCGAGAAGCAGCGUGGAACUGAAUCCUAAAACGAACAAUGAUACUGAAAUGCCAGAACGUAUAUCGAUCGUUGCAAAGUCGGUGUCUCCUACCGCUUCGAAGAAUAGACGGAGGCGGACGGAGCUUGAAGAAGAAAGCGUAGGAAAGCCUGCCGAUGCGAUGAUCCGAAGUGUGAGCUGUAACGCAACAUCCAUAUUCCACCAUUCCUUUUCAAUGGAAUCGAUCUGUGGCGUUUCCAUGGGGGAGCUUCACAACAGCGACAUGAGUAACCUUGUCUUCGAGGAGUCCAAUAGGAAAUUAAUGAGUGCCACAAAUUAUGGCAGUGAGAGUAGACAAGGAAACCUCAUGAAUGAUACGCUUGGUCAACAGAGCAACCUCGAUUACUCAUACUGUGAUUCCAUGGGACCCAUUUCAGAGGAUCCCACGGUGCAAGAAUCCAUCGAAUGCAUUUUUGCCUCGCAAUUAGAGGAUGGCCUGAAUCUAUGGGACGACGAACACGAUGGCAGUGACGAGAACUGUACCACUGAAAUAAUACUUCAAAGACAUAACCCUUCGUUCGGAACCCUCAACCGGCCGCAGAACCCGAGCUCCUCCUCUUCGCCACGCGGAAACUUGAAUGAGUUGAUUUCCCCAGCCGGUUUCCAGCAAUCGAGAAUGAAUCGGAAGGACCGAAAGAACUCUUCUAGAAGCCUCUAUGCCAAUAUGUCCCAAAACAAGAGACGAUACGAGCAGGCCAGCUUAGUCUAUGUUGGAACAUUUGAUCCCUCCUGUCCGUCUCCUACCCAUACUAUCAGUCAGGAUAAUGUUCGUAAUAUUUCUACCAAUGACAACAGUUUGGACAGCGCCACUAUUUAUGAUACUAUCAAUCCACUUCCAUGCAGGUGCGCUACAAACUUUUUGCCCGCAAUCGAGCCUAAAGAUUGGCCACAGGCACCCAUUGCCCUUCGACCAACCCCAGGAAGCGGUACGAAAGUAAAAGCAAUCCGACUUUGCAAUUCCGACGAGCCCCUGUGGGUCCCAGGCUCCCAUUUGACGUGGUCUCAAAGUUUAGCUAAGCGAUGGGGCAGAAAGUGCGAAGACCAAUCUCCUCACUUUGCCUCCUGCGAAGAAUGUGUGAUGCUGCCUAUCAACAAUGGAAACGAAGCACCGGGAGAAUCACUUGUCACUGACUUUGAGAGCGAAUUGUUCGAGGGGACGUUGUUAUUGCGUUUGCGCCAUUCUGAUGGAACAACUCCCGAGCCUUAUGACGACUCCAAGGGUUACUUUGCGGGUGUCAACCGUCGUUAUCAAGUAUGCAUCCGGGGGCGCUUCAAAAAGACCUUGUCCUUCACGGAGUUGAACAACGGGUUUCGACUCCGUCGUAAAUUUGGAAAGCUUCCAUCGAAGUGGGUUUUGAAAAGUGCACUCAAGGUUGUUAGUUUUUUUGCCCCCCAACUUGAUAUCAAAUUGGAGGGUGUGGACCAGCCAUACUCGCUUACACCGCUAGGGAGCACACCCCAAUGCAUCACGAUCGACGAUGCCGACGUUCUUUACAACGAAAAAAACAAGGAAAUGAGCGGCUGUUCCGGUCUAAGCGACGGACUCAACAGUAUCAACAAAAAUAAUCCGUUAGAUGGUACCAAUGAGGAACCCAUUGAAGCUCAUCGGUCUUUGAUCGGGGCUGCUCUGAAAGCGGACACAUCUCUCCAGCGUGCCAAGAUGCGCAAAAAAGCUUUCGAUAAAUUGUUUGUACAAAAAUCUCCGUGUCCGAAGACGGAUCCCUCAAAGAUCUAUACAUUUGAAUUUUUGCAGCACAUGCUUAACUUUCAAGAUUUUACCGUUGAACUGGGGAGUGUCAUGGGAUCCCUCGAGUUAGGAGACAUACUGGACGGCCAGCCCUUGCAAGUAAUGGCGGAGCACGGACCUUCCAAGAUACGCUUGUGGUCCUUUGACGUUUGGAAUGAAUGCUUGUGGAACAGAGCGAAAGAACACGACAAAGCCGUAGCUAUUGCUGCGAGUAAAUGACAUUUGUAGAGGGCCAGAGCACAGUCCGAUAUUUUUUGCUAGGUAUUGUUAGCUUACCGAGAUGCAUGAAACACAAAUUGGAAAUCAAAUGCCAAAGCCGGAACGAAGGUAUUAUUGGACAGCAAUUACAACAUACUUGUAGUAGAAUACUAUUUCAUUAAACAUACCAGAAAUAGUGAAGCAUCAUUUUUAAUCAUUAGUUGCAUUUCGCUAUUAGAAGUACCACACUUUGAAUUUGUAUUGAAUCGCAAUAUGAAAAUCUUAUCCAAACCAAACUUUCCAAAUGUCAUUUUAUUACGUCACUCAGUUUCGAUUGAUCCGCAACGCGUAGUAUCACAUCAUAGUAGUAGUAGUGACCAUGUGAUAGUAAGUGAAGCAUACUUUCCAACAAGAGCUAUGGUUCUGGCCAUAUAGUGCCUCUUCUAGUUCACGAGGUUAAAUUUAAUAUUAAGACUUUUUUUAAUAAAAACUACAAUUCAAUAGUAAGGAAAAACCUUGGGCGUCAAAUGUUGAGGCGUACAAGCACUAUCACAAUCAUUUCCAACCGCAGCAAAAAGGUCGACUCCGGGAAUCGAACCCGGGACCUCUUCCACCCUAAGGAAGAAUCAUGCCCCUAGACCAAGUCGACAACGUGUGCCGCGUACCUUGCGUACGCACGACACCGGCAGGACUCGAACCUACGCGGGAUAAACCCAAUCGAUUUCUAGUCGAUCGCCUUAACCGCUCGGCCACGGUGUCGUUACAAUUUAAUGUAAACUUACAUAAGUUAUAAUCAUUCCUUAGUUGAUUGCAUUGCAUCAAUAAUAAUUAGAACAAAUCUUUGGAAAUAAAUUUAGUUGUCGUAAUCAAAAGUGCUGGAUGCCAAUCUAGUCCCUCAUUCCAAGUGGCAUCAAAGCAGCUAAUAAAUCAAAAAAUAACAGGCUGGUUGAAGCUACAAGAAAAAUACAAGGGAUCAAUGGUGGUCAUGUGCAUUCUUCUUAGCAUUCUUCAUCUUCUUGUUCUUGCUUCUUGUUUUUGCAAAAAUACACCAACAGAGGACAAGGAUGAGGCACAACAACAACAAGAAAAUCUUUGUGAUGCGCAGAUUACUAUUCUACUAUUAGUAGUGCUCAUAGUGAUUCUUGGCAAAAUCAGGAAGAGUUGAGAACUUGUAUGCCAAAAACUUAUUGCUUUUGGUGUAAUAGUAGUACUAGUAGUAGUACUAGUAGUAGUACUAGUAGCAGACCAGCACCAGCACCACCACCUUCUAGGCAAAAACAAAACUGAAAUUAGCCCAAUAGUAGAAAGAAUGAAACCAAUAACAAAACCACCACUAGUAGUAGUAGAUGUACUGCUAGUAUAAAUGGUCCUGCAACUUCUUGUAGUAAUUUUGAUCCCCAGCAUGCUGGGGGAUUAAUGAAGCCAAAGAGGACGCCACCAGUAAUAUUAUGCUGAGGCUUCUGCUCUACACAUAUCAAAAGCCACCAGCAAAAGAUUCCCAGUAGUUGGUGCUUAAAUAGAGAAUUUGUUUUUUUUUCUGAGAACUCAUGACCAGUACCGACAAAUACUUGUAUUACUGGUGGUGGUAGUACCAAUGCUGCACAGAAGGAGUUGUAGUAGUGCUAGACUGCAAACACACCAGUAGUAGUAAGAGGUUCUCUUUAAUAACACACCACAUAGCUCUAGUACAAUUAGUAAGUAAACAAUUGAGCACUGCACUUAUACAGAGGUUUCAAAAAUUUAUUUUGGUGUUCAUAACAUUAAUUUAAUGAUUCCAACAUUGAAAAAUUCAACAGAGGAGCUCUAGUACUACAGAGUUUAGACCCCAAACUUUCAACAUCCAGACUUUCAACAUGGUUUGCAAAUGACUUGCUUGCUGAGCAAGAAGUAGAAUUGGUUCUGUGCCAACAGAAUUGGGUCACCAGAAUAUUUGAAAACUACAUUAUGGUUGGGGACCUCCAGAUUAGUUUGGGAACAUUAAGAUUGGGGAUCAAUUAUUUACAUGUUUUUAUCAGUCAGAGGUUUUUUUCACAAAAGUAAAUAAGAAAUAGGAAUGGUAAGAAACGCAAUUACUAGUAGCCAGUAAGGGGUGAUUUUCAUUGAUAAUGGGCCUUCAACUUUAUGAACCUUCGUCAGCAGUGGAGGAAUCCUGUUCAUUUGUGAGGUGGUAGUAGUACUAGUUGUAUUUCUUUUACCAUUAGCAUUUCAAUAUUAUAUACGCCACCCAUGCAGGUAGUAGCACAGGUACUACUGUUUGUAUUUCAGAGAAGAAUCAUAAGAAGCACUCUAUCAAUAACCAAGUAUGUUGAUUAUUUAAAUUUAAUGUUGUAUUCCCCAUCACACUUCUGGCACUGCUAAAAGUCAUGAAACAUACACAUAGUGGCAUGCAACUCUGAAACAGCAUGUUCCACCACCAGAAGAUUAACAAUUUCAUUCUGAUUGUCCUCUAAGAAGUAAAGAAGUGAAUACUGGAAGUUUGGAGUCUGGAUGGAUACUGUGCACAAGGGAGGUUCCAUUAGCAUCACUCUCUGUGAGACAGAAAAUACACUCUGCCUUUCAGCAAGCAAUGAUACUGGUAGUACUAGUACUAGUACUACUAGUACUAGUACCCUAAUAUUUUUUUUACACAGAUGAGAUGCAUCAGUACUACAAUAAUAAUAAUACUAGUGGUUGUCAAACUACUAGUUACAAAUACAAUCUCUAAGAAUCAAGAGUAGGACAUUCAACCAAUAUUUGUUGUUCAUUGUUUUGUUUUGCUGACCACUGCUGGUACUAGUAGUAGGAGGAGUAGCAGUAAUCUCCGUGCAUGACAUCCUUACCCUGAACAACCUGAUGGUUUCCCUUGUGGUUUAAUAUUCUGUAUUGAGUUCUUGCUAGUACUAGCCUUGUGGGCAUUGUAGUAGUCUAGCUGAUUAUUCAGUAAGCAAAUAAAACCAACUACUACUAAUGCCUGUUUAUACAUAACCAUCUACCUCUUAGUAUUUGUUCUUAUUGCUCAGUAGUAGCUAAGAAAAUGUCAUCAAUAUAAUAUAAUACUUGGGCACCGGUUUUUUUAAAGCAAUUCAAGUCAGCAACAUACAGGAUGAAAUUUUCAUUAGAUUUUGGAUAACUGGUGUGUCCCCAAACUUUUGGAAGGGGAAGACAGGACAUAUGACAAACUAUUCUGAAGUGUAGUAGUUGUUGUUUCCAAUCUGAAGUAUACUUAUUACUAGUAUAAAUGAGGGUUCUCAAUCAAUAGAACCUUUGUUGCAAAUAGGGUUAUGUUAUGUCCAAUCAAUUGUCAUGCUCAAUGCUUGGUAGGAGCCAGAUGAACAAUUUUCUAUGUUUGUUCCAUUACUUCGAUUUAUUCUUGUUAUUUUAAAUCCUUGAAAACAAAUCAGCAAUUUAUGGAAAUUGAAGAGUUUUCCAUAGCUAGAAGAUCAACGAGCAGGUUAGAAGGAAUUAACCAGAAGAAUAGGUCAUUUAUGUUUUAUUUAACAUUUAUUUUCAAUUAGUUGGACAACUUGUAUGCUGUAUUUGGUACUCCUCAGGGAAAUACCAACAACUAUAGAAUUCAUAAGAUAUUUAUGUACUAAAAAUGGUGUCAAUAAACAAAACAUUAUUGACCAUGGGUAGCCUAUGAAAUAUGAGGUAGAAAUGUACUACCACACCACAAACAACUGUACUACUUCAGAUGUAGCAGCAGUGAGAACUUCUCAUGUACAGCAAUUAGCAAUUUGGUUGUUCAGAGUCCCACAACCCCUACUAGUAGUGAUGCACUUUUUCCUACUAUUUGUGACAAUUCUAGUAGUCCAUAAAUCUAUUUCACAGCUAGAGAAUACCCUUAUCCUUCACCACUGUCUCUUUUACUAAGAAGAAAUAUGAAUGAUCAAACGAGUCACUCCCACCAAAUCCUAAGAUGAAUCGUAGAAUGACUAGUAGUCCUACUAUGUAGUAGUACCUUUGAACUAGUAAAAUUAUUAGUACUACUACUAGAGUUACUAUUAGCCAUCAGGAAGUGUUGUUUUACCAAAUAUUUCUUUUGAAUCUUUGACAUCAUAAGCCUCAUUAGAAGUGUUAUGCAUUUUGUGGUCAGCACAAUAAGUAUGAUGAGUGCCCUUGUCCUGCAGCAACAGCCCAAGGAAAUUCAUGUUUGCAGCAGUGUCAGUAGAUGUCCUCAGCAAGGGUAAGUAAGAUAUCGUGUCCCUUUAGUUCUCCAAUAAUGCACACUUUUCUCUGGGCUUUGUGUGGUGGAUUUAGGACUUAACUACUAGGUAACAAAAAGCUUCUCUUUUCACAAUACUGAAGGGAAGAAAGUUGAGACACAGAAACUUCACAAUUAUCAGGUCUUGGUAUUCCUGCAUCUCCUUUCCAGUUGCUUCUGUGGAUGCUAUGUAAUUUUGUUGCAAAUUGACUCAAUGAAGCUUAUAGUUGGCCUUUGGUUUUUUGCUAUCAUUAUAGGCAUGGACAGCACAGAAUUCUUCCAUCAAAACCUCAAUACUCUUCUUGCCAUGUGCUUUUGAACUCAAGUGGUAGCUCAUAUACUUCAUAAAAUUGUACAGGCCUUUCUACUAAUGAUAAGAGACAAUCAUAAGUAUAGCUAUUGUAGUAAAGUUAUCACCUGGCAGAGUUACUAUGGGCCUCAAAGAAGUGAGUUUUCUAGCAGAAUUACUACUAAUACUGUAUCUUGAGUGUGCUGCUGGUACUAUUUCUCCCAGACUAUCAGUGGUAGACUUCCUAAAAUAGAACAACAGUCCUCUCAACUUACGAUAAGAGACAAGAAGAAGACACAGUACUAUAUAUCACCACAAAGUACACAGCUACUAGUAAUUGUUUGUGGUUUUCCUCAUUCUUCUGCGUUUGGUUAAAAAAGCAUUUUUAUAUAUUGCAUGGUUUGUUUAAUCUGUUGUUUGUUGGCGAAAUUUAUGAGCUUAGCACCACAACAAAAAAGUAGUAGUAGUAGUAGUAGUAGUAGUAGUAGUAGUAGUAGUAGUAGUAGUAGUAGUAGUAGUAGUAGUAGUAGUAGUAGUACUAGUAGUACUAGUAGUACUAGUAGUACUAGUAGUAGUAGUAGUAGUAGUAGUAGUAGUAGUAGUAGUAGUAGUAGUAGUACUAAAAGUCGUAGUAAUACCCAACGGUUUCUCUCCAGAAAAUGCUUGCAUUGAUAACCAUGUUGGAGCAAUAGUUUAUCUAUUAGUGACCACUGACUACAAUAAGUUUUAAUUUAUGUCAGAAGAUGCAGAAUAAUGCCUAUUUUGCCAGAGGAUUAGUACUAGGAUUGCCAUUUAUCCCAUUUCACUUUUCAAGAGACUAAAGGCUUAUUUUGUACUGUAUGGUGUAGAAAGUAGAAAUAGUAAUAGAAAUACAACAAAACAAAGUAAUUUUCAAAUCAAAUUUUUCAAACACAUGGAUUUACAUUUUGGUUCUAAAAAUGAUCACAUAGAUUUCCUACUGAUCCCCAGAUGACAAUAGCACACACCUGACCAGGGCCUUCUGGCAUCCAACAUACAUCCCUGUCCUAAGGGGAAAAACCUACUCCCUGACCUUAGUAGUAGUUAGUAUUCAAGCAAAGCAACACUCUAUCCAAGACACUAAUAAGAUUAAUUCCUACCCUCCUAUCCCCAGCUAUAGGCAGUUUGCCUCAGUUAGAUCCAUCCCCUGUUUACUAUCCGGAAGUAUCUUCUGGUGUUGAAUAUAUUUCUGGCAUUCAUGUCAGACAACAACUGCAACAAUCUUUACCCCAGUAAGACCUUUCCUUCAAAGAACAAUGCCUGAAUAUAUGCUACAUACUUGGUUGAAAAAUGUUACCAGCCUCAGCUCCAUGUACCAGUUCCAGGAGUAUUAUUUAUGGACUGGUCACUGUGUUCUUGUUGUUUCUGCCAUUUGUGUUGGACAGCAAUAACAACAAGCCCCCAUUACAACAAUCGAACCAAGAUAACAAGAUCAGCAUCAUUACAGUAUCCCCACCAGCUGGCAGCAGUUUGCCUCACCUGGAUCCAUCCCCAGUUUUUAUGAAUUAGAAACUGUGUUUUCUGUUAUUGACAUUAUUGUUUCUGACAUUUGUGCUGAACAGCAACAACAACACCCCUAGCCCCCAGCAGUAGUCAACCAAGACCUUUCAUCUGAAGAAUAAUGCCUAGAGGUUCUUACUACACACUAAGUUAAAAACAAUGAUACCUCAGCCUCUCCAUGCAGGACCUUGUAUUCAAAGGACAACACCCAGAGUCUAUGCUAUUGUUCCACCUACCCCUGUUACUUCUUCUGGACUGGAAGAAGAAAAAAUCUCUGGUCUUGAUGUUGUUGUUUGUGACAUUUGUGCCAGACAGCAGCAACAGCAACAAUCCCAGCCCCCAUUAUCCAACCAAGACCUUUCUUUUGACAAACAAUGCCUGGAGUGUAUGCUAGUAAAUCUCACUCAGUUUAACAAAGAAUACCACCAGCCUUGCUAGCUCCAUGUACCAGCAGUUACAUCACGGACAGGAACCAUGAUCCAGUUCCAGCAGUAUUUAUGGAUGGGAAGAAGAAGAUUCCAGUCACAAUGUCGUUGUUUCUGACAUUUGUCUUGGACAGCAACAACAACAUCUCAACAAGCUCAUAUUAAACCAAUUUAACCUAGCUGAUACUGCUUGAAUCAGCAUGUGCUUGGCACUCCUUUCUUCUUUAAUCACUGGGAAGAGACUUGCAUUCUGGCUUGGUAGUACAAUUUGAAAUGAUAACAAUGACAUGGCAGUUGUCCAUCUAUGAACCAAAUCUAUCUAUGUCAUCUGAGUUCAGCCCCAGGCCUUUAUUGGCUUGCUAGUAUUCAUGGAACCUGGUUGCACCUCCAUGAUCCCUCCUAGGAGGGAGGUACCGCCCCUUGGAGCAGUUACAAGCAUUCUUCUUCCUAGUAGUCAUGAGAAGUUAUGGCUCUGGUCAUAUAGGAGUGUCUCUUCUAGUUCACGACAUGAAACAUAACAUUAAGAUUUUUUAGCAAUAGAAAUAAAGUAUAGAAUAUUCUAGUCGUUUUCUUGGGUCAGCACCAUUAGAAAAAGUUUGAUUAACAUUAUUAAUGCUGGGAGAAAACAUUAGUAAAAAUGUCUGCAACAUGAGUGUUCAAAGCAUUAGACUAACAAUUAAUGCUGGACCAAAACAUUAUGGUAGUAAUGGUAGCAUUACUAACGUCAGAAAAGUUGAUCAAAAUGUUACAGUACCAAACACUAAGAAAUACAAAAAGUCACUUGAAACACAAAAGAACCAAGAACCUCUCACUGCUUUAAACUUCCAGGUCACCUUUAGAAAAAUGUUGCUGUAUUCACUUAGAGUAAACAAAGAUUAGUUCAUACAAAGCAUUCAUUGCUUAACUGACAAUAUCACUGCCUAUUAUGAUAACACAAAUUCACUUAAUAGUUUUGAAAAAUGAUGUCAUGAAGACUAUUUGCUAGGUGCUAUGAUUUACGUUGUCUUUCUGAAGUCCUAUGAGAUAGAUCAAGAGCGUACUUUUCAACAUUGUUCAAUCUAGAACGGCUAUAUGAAAUAUGCAACAAAUGCAGUACGUCCUCUCACACGCCAAACAACACAGUGAUCCUUAGACUGUCAGCACAAAAAACGUUGUCGUGAAUAUUAUUUCCCUUUUUUCCCUUCUGCACUGUUGCCACCAGCACUUGUAUCUCCAUUGACAAGAGCACCUGCAUGUACAUCUGCAUUCGCGGACAAUUGCAUUCGUUCGAGAACCAUUUUCCACACGAUCGAAAACAAGAUCCCACCGAGUCCAUUUGAAAAGAUCUUGAGGCCCAGACCCCUGGUGACGAAUGACAUUUUUUCGGCGAUGAUCAACUCCGAGAGGGCCUCUCUGUACGACAAAGGAACCUCGGAUGUCUGACGAUAUGUCUUGACGACCCGUAUUCCGUUCGAGACGCAAUCCGAGGCGACCGACGAACAAAAUCCGAUGAACGCCCGGCGGACCAGUGUUUUUCGUUUAUAGAGCCGAUCGUCUUCAUCGUUGCUGCCCUUCGCUGGCUUGGGCAGCAAUUGUUCCAAGGAAUUGUUGACGACGAACCAGGGAUAAUGGCCCGCCAGUGUGGCAAAGGAGUUCCCCAGUGCUCCAUCCCACAGGGUUUGGAUACCGUACCUGUUUGUCUUAGAGGAGAGUCGUUCCCAUCCCCGCGACGACCCAUAGACCUGGAGUGUCGUCUUGACCGUAUCGAAGGGAGUAAUGAGAAUCCUCCAGGAGGCAGCCACAAGUGAUGCCAAGAAGGUAACAGCCCAUAGAGGAACAUUGCUUCUGCUGUUCGUACUUCCAAACAACUCCCGGAUCCCCUCGUUGGCAGCCGUAUCGCCAAACCGAGAAAUCGGACCCGUAAGCAGGGCAAAGGAUGCGCCGCGGUAAAAUCGCAAUAUUCCCCCUUCUUUGUAAAGAGUACAAAGGGCAGUCGCUACGUCGACACCGUGCUUGUACUGGUAGUUGACAGUGGUCCGCAACCACAUCAACAAUACUACCUGAAGAACCAUUGCCACCAAACCUGCUGCCCCCCCUCGGAAGGCAGAGGCCAUUGCGUGCUUCCACCAAGACGAUUUCGGCGUCGUUCUCUUUCCUACUUCCGCCAUUGUUUCUGAGAUUGUUGCCACGGAGUUUGGUUCGAUUGCUUCCUUCCUAUUCUUCAACUUGGGCUGAUGGGGAAGUUAUUAACAAAGUCAGUUGCAGUUU